AUGGAGUCAUUCACAGCCAUAACUAAGACGAUUGAUGCCAUGAGAGAAGCAAAAGUUUUAAAAACUACAGAUGACAUAAGAAGGAAAACCAAUGAUGCUAAAGUUAUACUUGUUGCCGCUCACCGAACGGGCUCGUCAUUCACUGCGUAUUUUCUUAACCAUAUUAGGAAGUGGAGGUUGGCUGUUGAGGGGAGUGACACUCUAAAAGAUGCAUGCAAGCAGAGUGUGGGAUGCAGUACAUUGACACCUGAACAGUUGUCUGAAAGCUGUGAUACGUUUAAGCACGUAGCAAUGAAAGUCAUACGUUUGGACUCCCUAACGCUAUUAGAAUCACUUGUAGUUGAAGAUAGAAUGAAUCUGAAGGUACUACACCUCGUCAGAGAUCCUCGCGGAGUCGCCUCAUCAAGAAAGCGCUUCUACGGAUACACCGAGAAAAAGCCACUUGUCGACUCGAUGAACACCUAUUGUCAAUCUACGGUAGAAAAACUUGAGUUCAGCUCAAAUAUACCCGACUGGUUAAAGGGCCGAUACAAACGUAUCCGGUACGAGGAUAUUGCAAUAGACCCACUUAAAACAGCUAAAAUUAUAUACCAUUUUAUCAAUCUCCCUCUACCUUCAAUUGUUACUGACUGGAUCAGUGCAAAUACAAAACAGGAUAAUAUUAAUUCAAUGAGUAAAAUGAGUACACACAAGAACUCCACGGCUGCUGCUCAAUCGUGGCGGUCUAGACUGUUGUAUGAUGAUGUAGAAGAAAUUCAAAGCUUGACACAAUGUCACAAACUUAUGGAUAUGAUGAACUAUUACGCAAUAGACAGCCCCACGCAGAUGACAAAUCUGUCAUUUGUGACGUUUUAG